CAACCCCCCCACAACCCAAAAGGCCCAUCCCCUUUCUUCGUCGUCGUCGCCUCCUCCUCCAUCGUCUUCUCCUUCUCCUCCUGUUUGUUUCUCGGUAAAAAAUUAAAAGUUUCAUCAAAUUCGUGUUAAGAAAUGAUGGGCAACGAAGAAGCUGACGACCUGCACGAAUCCCGGGAAGAAAUGGAGUCUCUAGUUCUCGACGAGCCAUCCAACGGCCGAUCUUCAGCCAGUGGCACAGUACCCGAUCACCAUGACCCGCUGCUCUCUUCCUCAUCGUCUUCGUUCAUCGAUCGCCAUAACCCUAACUCUUCUUUAAACGCCUUCCUCGACCCGCCGUCCUAUGCCGAAGCCAUCUUCACCUCCUUUGAUUCCUCAUCCAACGGCCACGAAACCCCCCAACUCUCUUCGAAUUCCAACCCUCGAAGCUCCGAUUACCUCUACAUCUCGAUCUCGGAUCCCCAAAAGGAGCAAGAAUUAUCUAAUUCCUUGGUCCCGGGUGGAACCACGUUUUACACGUACUUGAUCACGACCAGGACCAACCUGCUCGAGUUCGGCGGACCCGGAUCCGAGUUCAGCGUCCGGAGGCGGUUCAAGGACGUGGUCACGCUCUCAGACCGGUUAUCGGAGUCGUACCGAGGGUUCUUUAUUCCACUGAGGCCCGACAAGAGCGUCGUCGAGAGCCAGGUGAUGGCAAAGCAGGAGUUCUUGGAGCAGAGAAGGGCAUCAUUGGAAAAGUACCUGCGGAGCUUGGCGGCGCACCCGGUGAUUCGGCGGAGCGAGGAGUUGAGGGUGUUUCUGGAGGUGAAGGGGAAAUUGCCACUGGCAAAGAGCAUUGACGUGGCGUCGAGGGUGCUCGACGGGGCGGCGAGGUUGCCCAGGCAGUUGCUGGGCGAGGAGGGGAUGGAUGUGAAUGCAAAGGGCGGUAGGGACUUGCUGAGGUUGUUUAAGGAGUUGAGACAGUCGGUGGCAACUGAUUGGGGCGGCGUGAAGCCGCUGGUGGUGGAGGAGGAUAAGGAGUUCUUGGAGAGGAAGGAGAGGUUGGCGGAGUUUGAGCAGCAACUUAGCAAUAUGUCUUUACAGGCUGAAUCACUUGUAAAAGCUCAGCAAGACAUUGGAGAGACAAUGGGGGAAUUAGGCUUGGCUUUUGUCAAGCUGACCAAGUUCGAGACGGAGGAAAUCUUGUUUGAGUCUCAAAAUGCACGAGCUGCUGACAUGAAAAAUGUGGCUACUGCUGCAGUUAAAGCAAGUAGAUUGUACCGGGAGUUAAACGCACAGACAGUAAAACAUUUGGAUAAACUCCAUGAUUAUCUUGGGAUAUUUUUAGCUGUCGGUAAUGCAUUCUCUGACCGAUCAAGUGCUUUACUAACAGUUCAGACUCUUUCAUCCGAAUUAGCUACCUUGCAUGCAAGGAUUGAGAAGCUUGAAGCUGCUUCAUCAAAAAUAUUUGGUGGGGACAGGUCCAGGAUGCGCAAAAUAGAAGAGUUAAAAGAAUCUAUUAGAGUCACUGAAGAGGCUAAAACUUGUGCAGAGAGAGAAUACGAACAAAUUAAGGAAAAUAACAGGAGUGAGCUUGAAAGACUUGACAAGGAGAGGCAUGAUGACUUCAUGAGCAUGUUGAGAGGGUUUGUUGUGAAUCAGGCAGGAUAUGCAGAGAAAAUGGCAAACGUGUGGGAGAAGCUUGCUGAAGAAACAAGUGGGUAUGCGAAAGAUGGAAGCUAAAAAUAUUCGUCUGUUGUUUUUCAAACUUCCCUCUACUUUCUUCUGUAGUUCAUGUAUGUUGAGAAGUUGGAUUAUUCAACCAAGUUUCGUCUC